CCUUGGAAACAUGGCCUCGCACUGACAGCCGUUAUCUGUUCCAGGCAGUGACACAGCGGCUGGGCCGGUACUGGAGAUACUUACAAAGAGAUUUUAACCGUCAAAUGACAUCACUGAAGAUGUAGCGUCCCCUCCGACAGGAUUGUCGCGUAGACAGCGCAGGGUAAUAACGGGUUUAGUGCGAGUGUCACGCCCACUGUGAUCGGUUACGUUGAAGCGAUACCGAACGGUAAGUUAGCUUUGCUUAAGCUAACAAGGCAAGAGAACCAUUGCUAUUCGUUCACUGGCCGGCUGUGGUCUGUUAGUGUGCAUCCUAGCUCCACAGUCUGUCCCUGUCAGACCCCAUUGUUGGACAAGACCGCGGCUGCAGUUGUGUUCAUAGUAGGUCGUCAGUCGGUUGUCUGGGGCGUUUCUGUCAUUCUGUCACUGAAUUUUUAAUGUUCGACCCUUUUGGCAUCACUGUCGGAGGGGAGAGCUAUGGGCUCCGGGGCUGUGGAUUCAUCCCAGUGGCUUUCGGUAAAGGAGGAGACUAUAUUUCUCCACGACGGACUAAUUCGGGUCACGGAUCUGGCCGAGCUGCCCAGUGAAAUUGGAGUGUCGGAACAGGGGGAUACCGAGCAGGAGAUCCUUACUUUUGAGACGAAGAACCCCGCUGAGCUUGCUGAGCGUCUCCGUGCCGUCUGUGGAAAUCAAAGCAAUGCGUAUGCUCGUCUGCUGGAGUACCGGCUCAAUGCUCUGCGUGGCCUGUGGGCUGCGCAGCGGCAGCUGGCCCUGGAGGUGCAGCAGGAGCGAGAGGGACCUGGAGGCGCUGACGAGGAGACCUUAGCCUUACUCAAAAGACAAGGUCUGCUCCAGCAGCCUGAGCAGGCCCCUUUUACAUCCCGUGUCGCCCUGCUGCUGGUCUUCCCCCUUUUGCAGUCCCAAACCCGCAGUGACCCAGCACUGUGCGGCGUCACUGCAGAAGUUCUGCUAGCCUGCCUCCGGGACUGCCAGCCACUCAGCCUCAGCAAAGAGCCCGCUGACUGUCUCAAUGGCCUGGAGGGUCUGCUGUGCUCCUGGCUGGAGGACGGUUCUCAGGAGUCCGGACAACCUCAUGUGCAAACUCAAUCCCACAUUCUACACACACACAGACAGCGGGAAAAUGCUGCAGCUGCUUUAGUAGCACUUGCAUGUGCCAGGGGUUCCUUGAAGACAUUCAUCCACACAGUUCACCUGCUGCAAAAACAGACUCAUCUGGGCCAGCUUCCUGUUUCAGACGUUCUUUACAGACUUUUGCUCCUUGAAGGAGGCCCGGGCUCUCCAUCUUGCUUAUUAGGGGGCAAACACAGUGUGUCCUGGGGUUUUGAGGACAUGCUGCCCACGCCUGAUAAUUCUGCAGGAGGAUCAGAAAGUAAAGACACAGAUCUAGGGCGCUGUCUAGCCACAGAUGGACUAUAUCUGUACACCAGUAAUUCCUCUGGGAGAGGACUCAGCAAACUUGGCUCUGGUUUACACGGGACUCUGAGGGGUUUUGUGUAUUGUCGAAAUGAGGAGCUGGAGCCUGGCUGGGUAGUUUUCAGCAGCGGUCGCCUCCUCCACCGUCCUUCUUCCUUUGAUGCCAAGCCUCAUCAGCUGUGCCAGGUCAUUGACCCCUUCACUCUCCAGGUGUGCCAGAUUGUGCCCAUGCCAGCUCAUCACUUCCCUGUGGGCAGCAGCAUGACCACGCUGCACCUCUGCUCAGAUGGAACCUAUCUAUACUGGGUCUGGUCCCCAGCCAGUCUCAAUGAGAAGACACAGAAAGGCCACUCUGUCUUCAUGGAUGUUUUUCUCCUGUCGACUCAGAUGGGGCUGUGCGUUGCCGACAUCUUGCAGGAACGGGUUAUUCUCGCUCGCAAAGAGGGCGAGUCUUCCAAGUGCUUGAAUGAGCUUCUCUUGAGUCGAAUGUCACGCUUCCGAGCCUCCCACUCUGCCACGUUAGCCGCUCUCACGGGCUCUGCCAUCACCAACACUGUAAAAGAGGAACAGUCGGCUGUCAACACUAGCUGUGGACUUCCUCUGAAGACCCUCAGAAAGACCCCGAUGUAUGUAUGUGGAACUUAUCUGGUGAUGCUGGUCUCACCUCCCGGUGUUUCUGGGAGCUCUGCCACACGCUCCCUGUUUGGAGGUACCAGCAGCCUGUCCUCACUUAAAAUUUUAGCUUCCAGCCUGGUCUUUAACUUGGCCGACGGUCAGUUCAGCAGCCGUGCUGACCUCAUCGAUGCUCCUGGCAGUUCUCUUGGCAGGGGGGCUCAGGUAGCAGGACUAGGAGCGUGUUAUGACGCACUGAACAACUUGAUCUGGACCUGCUCCAGUGAUUACAUAGACCAGUGGUGUAAUCCUGGAAACCAGGCCUUUCAUCAUGUGUGCCAUAGGCUCGGGGUUAGCCACGUCAUCAAGGAGCCCAAAGAGGAAACGGUGGCCACUGGGGAGGUGAUCAACCAGCUGCUUCAUCAUGUAGGUGCAAUGUGCAUCCACCAGCUCAACCUGCUGGCAGCCAGCAGCAACAGCUUGCCCCUAGAAGCGCUGCUGGGCAAACAGCAUCCCAUCGAGGCCCGCCACUUCAGCAGCAUCUGUGACAUCAUGGAAAAGGCCAUGGUGAAUGGGGAUACCUGCAUCAUCCGCUGCAUCCUGGUGGUGUUCCAGGUGGUGUUCAGGUUUUUCACUCCUCAGUCAGAGCAGGACAGAGAGAGCAUCCGCCGUUCCAGUUUACUCCUGUGGCAGCUGCUCAUGGCUCCAUCAGAUCAGAUCGAAACAGAGAUUCAGAGGGAAGUGUGCCUGGCCAUCAGCUCUGGCCUGCACACCUUAUAUCACGGGGAGGCAGAACUCAACAAACUGCUGAAACUGGUUCUAACUGAAGGGGAAAGAAGUGGUGGCCUGUCCCAACUCCGGGAUGUCAUCCUUACUAACUUAGCAGAACAACUACAGAAGAAUCGAUUUGGGAAUGAAGAAGAUGAUCACUACAGACUGAAUGAUGAGCUGCUACACUUUGUCCUGAAGACUGUUGUCCGAGAAUCCUGUCUCCUCAUCACCAAAUGUCAAACUGUUGCCAGAGAUGACUUCCAGAAGCUGCUCUCCACUGUCCCAGUGGUCUCACCUAGCCUGCGCUACCUCAUGGCUGUUCAAAACCACCUCCUCAGCAACACCAUCCUGAUUCGCCCGGACGAUGGCGACGACAGUGACUGCUCCCUACAGGGGGAAACAAUAAAGGUACAGGAGCUGCAGAACAGCAUCUUGUCACUAGCAACCAAAAUCCUGGUGGGGUGUGAUGAAGUCCUGGAGACCCUGCAGCAGGUGACGACGGCUCUGAUCAACAGUGACAUCACAGACAGAGAGACUAGGUUGAAGGGCUUGGAGCAGGUUACCAAAGCAACAAUGCUUGGUCAUCUGCUGCCUGUGCUACUCACCUCACUGAUGCACCCCACCUUACAAACCCUGAUGCUUGCUGAUGCCCUCAUGCCUCAGCUGGUGCAGCUGGUGCUCUACACCAGCCAGACUGCCUUGUUACUUAAGACCCAGUGUCCCCUCUUCACUGAAGAGCCCCCACCUGCAAGCAGCUCUCUGGGGCAGGUAUCUAAAGCAUGUGCAGCUGAUGACAAAAUCCUGGAUGAGCGUGAGGAGCCAGGCUUCCUGACAGGACUGAAGAUCCCUGCUCCGUGGGCUGCUGGGAAAACGGUGGAGACGAUGCACCCUGUGAGGGAUAAUUACAAGUUUAAGGAGACGGUGCACAUCCCAGGAGCCCGCUGCCUUUACCUUCGCUUUGAUCCUCGCUGCUCCUCACAGUAUGACUAUGAUAAGUUGGUCAUCUACGCUGGUCCCAACACCAAUAGUCGUAAAGUGGCCGAGUAUGGAGGAAACACUCUGGGUUAUGGCAGUCGCAGCGUUUUAGGAACAGGAUGGCCUAAAGACCUUGUUAAGGUUGAAGGAGACACUGUCACGUUUUCUUUUGAGAUGAGAAGCGGGCGUGAGCACAACACUCCUGAUAAAGCCAUGUGGGGGUUUUCCUGCACUGUCAGAGCUCAGGAGUCCUCCGAGGACGUCUCUGGAGGGCUUCCAUUUCUCGCUGACCUUGCACUGGGUCUGUCAGUGCUGGCCUGCUCAAUGCUUCGCAUUUUGUAUAAUGGGCCAGAGGUAACAAGAGAGGAGGACGCCUGCCAUGAUUUACUCUGCUCAAAGCUGCUGCAAAGGUGUCAGUGGCAGGUAGAAGCAAAUGGUGCUAUUUCUCCCGCUCUCACACCGAGCCCCUCACCACUGCCACUCACGAUUGAGGAAGACCGGGAGUUUAUCUAUCCCUCUGAUGUCCUUAUUCCUCCUCCGGGCCUCAUGCCCGGGACCUACUUUGAUUUGCCUCGGAUUCGUCUUCCACCUGGGAUCAUGAGUAAGCUGAGAGAAGUGUCUGGAAGAGCUCGCCCACAGUUCCGCCCCAGCAUCAAGGAAGUGAUCCGGCCAGAUGUACUGGAAGAGGUUAUAGUAUCCUGUGUCAUCAAGCACCUCAGCCUGGUGGAUGCUCUUCAGUCCCUUGUCAACUAUCAAUAUCGUGAAGAUCAUGCAGAGGAGUACGACCUGGUCUGUAAGAUCAUGGCUGAGACCUUUAAGAAGAUCAAUGCAAUGGAGCGCCAGCUGCAGAGUGUAGCAGAAUUGGAACAGAAGUGGCAGAAUGAGGUAGAGGAGGCCCAGCAAGGAAAACUGGAGAACAACACUCCCUUUUUUCAUGACUAUCACUUUUUUGAGAACAAACUGAAGGAACUGGAAUUACUCUGCUCACUGAAGGAAGUCCCUUUAGAUUUUAGUGACGUGGAAAACGUCGUCCUUGCAUUGAGGCAAAAGUUCUUUCAGGAGGUGAACUCCACAUUCAGCAGAAGCAACGUCCCACUGGCUAAAACCAAAACUCUGGUCAAAAGUCUGAUGAACCGCUCGGAGCUCCUUCUACACGUCACCAUCGCUCCACACUGUAGAAGCCUAACCUCGACACCGGCUGGCACACCUGGUCCAGCCUCCAAGUCCGUGUCAGAAGCCAAAACAACGAUCCCCUUGGUCAAGCAGCCGGUCUUUUUGCGCAGCAUGUCCGCACCUUCUGACUUGGAGAUGAUCGCUAACCAAGAUCUAGAGUUUGCACACGCUCCCCAAAGAAGGCGACACCACCCGUCCAGUCACCGCAGCAGCUCGUUUACCCUGCUGCAGUCUCUGGCUGUAGAGGACAGCCGAGACAAGCCGACAUACAGCGUGCUGCUGGGACAGCUCUUUGCCUUUAUCGGGACUACACCUGAUCAGGCUGUGUCCAGCAGCAGCUUCCUGUCAGCCGCACAGACGCGUUGGAGACGCGGCAGCACGCGGAAACAGGCCCUCAUUCACAUGAGGGAACUACUAACUGCUGCUGUUAGAGUGGGCGGAGUAACUCACCUGGUUGGGCCUGUCACUAUGGUGCUGCAGGGUGGUCCAAGGAUUGAGGAGCUGACCUGUGGUGGGAUGGUGGAGCAGGUGCAGGAAGCCUUUGGAGAGACCAUGACCUCUGUCGUGUCACUAUGUGCUCGCUACCCAAUCGCUUGUGCCAACAGCAUUGGCCUGCUUUGCACAAUCCCCUACACCAGGAGCGAGGAGCAGUGCCUUGUUCGGAGUGGCCUUGUCCAGCUGAUGGAUAGGCUGUGCAGCUUAAGUGGUCAGAGGGACUGCAGCUCAAGUGAGAAGCAAACCAAAAAGCAGAAGGUGGCUACAAUGGCUUGGGCUGCUUUUCAGGUGCUGGCUAACCGCUGCAUCGAGUGGGAGAAAGUGGAAGGUGGCUCCACAGAUGCAGUUCACUCUGGUUUGGCGAGGCAGGUUUCCAGCCUGCUGACCAAUCACUUGGCCAGAGCAACAGAGUGCUGUGGGAAUCAGGCGGCCGGUAAUGAUGCAUUACAGGAUGUGUUGAGUCUCCUCAAUGAUCUCUCCAGGAGUCACAUAGGGAAAGCCAUCCUGAGCCAGCCUGCUUGUGUUUCCAAGCUUUUGUCUCUCCUGCUCGACCAGAGACCCUCUCCAAAACUAGUACUUAUCAUUCUGCAGCUCUGCCGAGCUGCCUUGCCUCUCAUGAGUGUGGAGGAUUGUGGGAAUGUUGCUUUGCCUUCGUGGAGUUACUCCAUUAACACGCUAGAUGCUGAGCAGCAGGAUGCCAGCGACCCAGCCUCGCGUAUUGCUGCCUUGCUGCUAGCCAAACUGGCAGAUUAUGUUGUACCAGGGUGUCAGACCCUUCUUUCCCCCAGCUCCUCAGAGCCAGACACCAGUUUGUCCCGUGCCAGCUCCAAAGGAGCUCUGAAGUCGGAGGAUGUGGGGGAGGAGGUAGAAGCAGUUGAUGGCAAGCUGUCCAUUUUUAUCCACAAAAGGGAGGAUCAGUCAUCUCAUGAGGUUUUGCAACCACUUCUCAGCAGCUCUGAGGGGCGGCCCUUUCGACUUGGCACUGGAGCAAACAUGGAGAAGGUAGUGAAGAUGGACAGAGAUAUGACAAAGAGUGGAAGUUGUGAGGUGAUCACAGAAGAAGCAUCUGCUGCCUUGAGGAAAGCUAACAAGUGGGCUCAGUCCGGUCUGAUAGUGAGCGUCGGUCCACCUGUGGAGGCUUUGGCUCAGGAGACUGCAGGCGGCAUCGCAACGGGUGACAAGAAGAAAACGGCUCAGACGGCUGUUUGCCGGGACAGGAACGCUGAACUGGCCAGGUCGGAUCCAGUGCGGCCGUUUAUCAGCGGCCAUGUUGCCAACAGCAUGGCUGCUGAGGUUAUUGCCUUGCUGCAUAGUCUGCUCACGGCCCCAGAAUCCAACACCGCUCAGAUCUGGACAAGCACAGUGGAAAAAGUGCUUUCCAGGGCACUGAUGUUCAUCCCUCAGCUAGGGAAGUAUGCUGAGAGCAUUUUGGAGAACGGCAGCAGCAGUGGCAGGAAACUGGCUAAAUUGCAGGCUAUCGGCAGACAGGCUGUUGCAGCGCUUUGUGCACUUGGAGGCUUCAAAGAAACUAUUAAGAUUGGUUCUGAAGUCCAGGUGGUAGGUAAAGGCGUGCUGGGCAGCGUGGGCAUAGUUAUGUCCAUAAAUGAGCAGGAGGGCAUCGCUGUAGUCAAGUUUCCUUCCUGUGAGUACAGGAGAGCUUGCAAAGCCUCAGAUGUUUUAACCGUGCCAAUAUCACGCCUCUGCACCCCGAGAUCUGAGGCUCUUCCCAUCUAUAAGCUGUCCAUAACAGAAAAGGUGGUCCAGGCAGUGCAGUCGAUGCUCCUGCCACAAGAGGGCAGUCUCUCCAUACACACAUCUCUACCAGCUACAGGAGAUGGCUCCAGUCCGGUGAUGGCUGCAGUCCGCUUGCUGGCUGAAAUCAGGACUAGGGCGUGUCUGGUGAUGGCACAGCUCCUGCAGGAUAGCUCCUUCUGUGAGGAGUUCAUUCAGCAGUGCCCAGCUGCUGUUGAGGUUCUUAACCUGGUGGCCCAGGAGUGCAGUCCUGGAGAGCGUCUUGUAAUGGUGGAGGCUCAGUGUGAGAGAGUGAGAAUGAUGUACCGGGACUGCGCUCGACCACCACCUCCUCCACUGCAGACAGAUCAACGACAGCCGAAGGAGAUCACUUGGUGUCCAUCCAGAGUGUUCCCUCCAGUUCGCGCGUGUCUCUUCUCAUCCCGUCUCACUUCUGUCACCUUCUUGGCGGAUCCAAGUGCUGGAGGAGGUCUGCCACGAGGGACUUUCAUUUAUGCCACCUCUCCUGUACCAGUUCAGGCGCCAUCCUUUUACUGGGAGAUAGAAGUUGUCUCCUAUGGAGACUCUGAGGAGGACAGUGGCCCGAUUGUGUCUUUUGGUUUUGCCACAGAGGCAGAGAAGAGAGACGGUGCAUGGACAAACCCGGUCGGCACAUGCCUGUUUCACAAUAAUGGUAGGGCAGUGCAUUAUAAUGGCUCCAGUUUGCUGCAGUGGAAAAGCGUCAGACUCGAUGUGGUUCUGCUCCCUGGUGAUGUGGCUGGAAUCGGCUGGGAGCGUUCUGAGGGCACUCCUCCACCCCCUGGGCAGCCCCCUAAGGGCAGGGUGUACUUCACUUACUGUGGCCAGCGGCUUAGCCCAGUUCUGGAGGACGUAGCAGGUGGAAUGUGGCCUCUUGUGCACAUUCAAAAGAAGAAUGCAAAGAUCCGUGCCAACUUUGGAAGUCGUCCCUUUGCGUUCGCAGAAGGCCAAGCUCACAGGAACGCCGCUGACUUGUGUAUAGAUCUUGCAGAAGAAAUUAGUGCAAACUUUGAAGCUCUUCCCUUUGCAAUGGCCUCAGACAGUGAUAAUGAUGCAGGUGCAAGCGUGACCUCAGACUCUGGCUCUCAUGGUCCACCUUGUCGGAUUGCAGCUGUGGCAGUUGCUCAGCAGCAGUACAACAGUGACCUGUCGUGCCACUACAAGGUGGAGCUCAGCUAUGAAAAUCUGGUCACCUCCGGUCCUGACCCACAUCCCCCGCCCAUCGCUGAUGAUGAGAGUGAUGAUGAGGAUGACGAUGAUGCCCCAAGGGAGGAUCACUAUGCUCUUCUGGUGAAAGCCUGGGAGACGAAGGUUUUCCCCACAAUUCGCAGGCGCUUCCGGAAUGAAGCGGAGAGGAAGUCUGGCUUGGACCAAAUAAAGGGAGCUCUACAGCUGGGUAUGGUUGACAUCGCAAGACAGACCGUGGAGUUUCUGUAUGAAGAGAAUGGUGGCAUUCCUCGAGAUCUCUACCUCCCUACUAUUGAGGACAUUAAGGACGAAGCCAACAAGUUCACCAUUGACAAAGUUCGCAAAGGGUUGACUGUGGUCAUACGCUGUCCUGACAGCAACAACACCAACAGCACUACCGGAGGAACGGCGCUGCCUAAGUUUGCAAUUCGUGGGAUGCUGAAAACCUUUGGUUUGCACGGGGUUGUGCUGGACGUGGACUCUGUGAAUGAGCUGGUGCAGGUGGAGACAUACCUACGCAGUGAGGGUGUACUUGUGAGAUACUGGUACCCCAUCGAGAUGCUCGAGCGUCCACCUGCUGGAUCUCGACGCACUGCGGCUAACGGCUUAGUUUCGCUGGACAGUAGCAACAUUCAGAUUCAUAGGGAACUCCUUCGUUGUGAAAGUGCUCUGGCUCGAUUGUACUGUCGAAUGGCCUUGCUCAACAUCUUUGCCCCCAAGAAUCCCCACACUUUCACUCGUCUCUUCCACAUACCUGCUAUCCGUGACAUCACCUUGGAACACCUGCAGCUUCUGUCUAAUCAACUGCUGGCUCCACCCCUCCCUGAUGGGACAAUUAGUUCCAGCUCUAUUCUCCUGGCUCAGUCACUGCUUCACAACCUUGAGGGCCAAAGCUGCUCUCCCACUGACCUGUUUUUCCAGGGCAACGCUCAGCCCACCCGGGAGUGGCUGACAGUGGCCAUCACUCGUGCCUUGCAUCAAGGAGAGGAAAGUUUGCUGGAGCUCACAAAGCAGAUCUGUUGCUUCCUACAGAAUGCACCUGAGCAGUUUACAUCUGAGGAGUUUCCUGUGACAGAGUCUAAAGUUAGCAUGGACGUCAGUUUUCCAGGAGCUGCGUUUGUGAUCGUCUCCUGCAAAGAAAGCCAGCUUGGCUGCCGCAAAGAUUCAAGCCUGUACAAGGCUCCCUGGGCUCGGGUCAUGGUGUAUGGCCUGGGACAGAAAGUGCAUAGAAAUGGCCAGCUGAAUCUGAUGGAGGCUGUUUGUUAUCCUCUUGAUGCCUCUCCUACCAACACAGGCCUUACUCCCCCUCCCACUACCAACCAGUACCCCUCAGUCAUCAUCCCCACUGAUAAGGUCCACAUCAGACUUGGUGUGUCGCCCCCUCCUGGUGCUGUAUUGGUGCUACACUCUCUACCGUUAGAGUUUCCUCUAGCGAUGGCGUUCGCUGAACAGUUGCUAACGUGGAAGCUUGGCGAGAGCGGCGAGCGAUCGGAGGAUGAGUUGGACACGGUGCCCUCAUCUGUGCUCCUGCAGGUGGUAGAGCUGCUAGGUGGUUUGCUUUGGACUACUGAUCUGGCUCCCUCUAUCAAAGAGCUCAUCUUUCACCUGUUGGCUGAACUUUUGAGAAAGAUCCAUCACUUGGAGCAACGCAAAAGUCCUGCUGGCCUCUCCAGCUCCAUCGCUCUGCUGCUCAACCCCUGCCUUGCGGUGCUCAUGGCCCUGCAAACAGAACUUCGAAAGCUUUAUGAUCGAGAAACUCAGGGAUGGGCUGCUGGAGGGCCCGGAUCGGGAGGGUCUUCCUCUGGGAACGUUGCGUUGGCGCUAGGGGCAGAGCAGAGCCGGUUCUCCACCUACUUUCAUGCUCUGAUGGAGGUGUGUCUGUCAGUGGCGGAGGUGACACUUCCUCUUAAUGUCAGCAACUCCUCAGUAGGGGCGCUCUCUUCUACCAGUGCUCCUAACCUCAGUGACUCCUCUUCAUCAUCGUCGUCGUCUCCAGGCCAGACACCGCAGAGCCCCAGCUUGCUAUCCAAACGUAAGAAGGUGAAGAUGAAGCGUGAGCGCGCAGCAGCAGUCUCUGGAAAACGGGGCAGUGGAGGCGCAAGGUUGUCAGAAAGUGAUAGUGCCCUCUUGAACAUGGCAGGAGGCAAACCAGAGGACAUGCUGUGGUUCCAUCGCUGCCUCACCCUCCUCAUGAUCCUACGACAUCUUGCCAAUAAGGAUCCACAGGGCCUCAGUGUGACAAGUGAUGCAGUGACGGAUGCUUGUCAGGCCCUGGUGGGCCCCACAGCUCACAGCCGCCUGCUGGUGCUCUCAGGGAUCCCAACACACCUCGAAGAGGCCGUGGUCCGAAACGCUAUCCGCAGGGCUUGCAAUGCACACGGAGGACUCUUCAAAGAUGAAGUCUUCAUCCCUUUACAGGAAGAGGACCCAAAGAAGAAAUUUGGCGCUGGGAUGACAAGUCCUCAGGAUGUCAAAGUAGCACCUGAACCUGAAAGGUCGUUCCCUAACAGUGGCGGCCCUGAGAGCCCUGACAGCUCAAGCAGCGUCACUCCAGCUCUGAGCGUGAGCGCUUCAGCUUCCACCAGCCAGACCUCCAUAUGCAGCUCCUCUCAGGGGGUGUCCCGCACCGCCAGCGAGCUUUCUGUGGAUCAGGUGCUUUUAGCUGUUCCACCUCUCAAUCCUGCUGCUGCCUCUGCUAUCACGUACCCCCAACAGGUCCCCCAAGACUCUCAGACAGUUUCUAGUCAGGAGAGUCUCGAUACCUCCCUGUGUAGCACAGGAAGUCUGGGGAGUCUUGGCAGCGUGGGGGAGCCUGUUGACAACGCAGAAACACCAUCUGUGUCUAACGGGGGCUCUAUGCAUACAGUGACCUCUUUUGAGAGCAACGCAAUCGCAUUAAGGCCCAUCAAAGGCUACGCUGUGAUUGAGGUCCGCUCUCGGGCCAAGGUGGAAAAGAUUCGUGCCAGUUUGUUCAACAGCAGCGAUCUGAUUGGCUUGUCCAGCCUGGAGGGUGAAGAGGAGCUGAUGGAGUUAACCAACGAGGAGAUCCUCACAGUUUCUAGUGUCAACCAAAGCCUGUUUGACACACAGGGGAGUUCUGCCUUAGAAGACUACUUCCUGGACAAGUCCAUCAAAGGUGACAAGCUUGUUCCAGGAGCCAGAGACGUUCUUACUGAUAUCUUUAAAAGCUGUGUGCACUCGGAGCAGAUGCUCAGCCUCACACCAGCCAAGCCUGUUAAAGUCUCUGACAUUUACCUCAGCAAGGAGCAGAUCAACUCUCAGACACCUGGAAACCUGCUACAUACUUUCUUCACCAAUGUUCGACCUCCAAAGAAAGUCCUGGAGGAUCAACUUACUCUGAUUUUAAGAAAGUAUGGAACUCCCAAACCUAACAAGAACAAGUACAGCAAAGCGGGAAAAGAACAGCAUCAAGGCAAGGUAGUGAGCACCAAGAGACCCAUUACCAAGCCCCUCUCCAAGGAAAAGUCUGUGCUCAACAGUGUCAGAACGGCACUAAGUGAGAAGAAGGCAGUCCUGAAACCCAAAUCUCCUGAGAAAUCCAGACCAGAUGAGAAGGAUGUAGAAAAAUCUCCUGCUAAAAAAAUGGAAGUCCCAGAAGAGAAGUACCUGACCCUGGAAGGUUUUCAUAAAUUUGCCGUUGAUCGUGCCAAGCAGGACAUCCGCAGCAUGUGGAGAGCGAUUCUGGCUUGUGGCUAUGAUCUCCACUUUGAAAGGUGCACUUGUAUAGACACUCGCCAUGCCCAGAAGGCCUGUAGAAAGUGGAGCUUGGACAUGGAUGUAGCUUUGGUGCAGUACAUCAACAGACUGUGUCGCCACCUGGCCAUCACGCCAGCCCGACUGCACCCCCAUGAGGUGUACCUGGACCCCAGUGAUGCUGCUGAUCCUCGUGUUGCCUGCCUGCUCAAUGUUCCUGUAGAGAGCUUGCGACUGCGCUUCGCCUUGUUGCAGUCCCUCAACAACACCCUGGAGAGUUUCUUCCUGCCCCUUGUGGAGCUGAGACGGACUCAUACGUAUCAGAACAGUAUUGCAGCACUGCUGUGUGAAGCGAAAGGUCUAAUCUUCUACGACACCAAGGUGACCGUAAUGAACAGAGUACUGAACGCCACGGUGCAGCGAACAGCUGACCAUGCUGCUCCAGAGAUUACACUGGACCCUUUAGAGAUUGUUGGAGGUGAAAUCCGAUCAUCAGAGAACACGUAUUUCUGUCAGGCUGCACGCCAGCUGUCCUGUGUGCCGUCAUCCCAGCUGUGUGUGAAACUGGCCAGCGGCGGAGACCCAACGUAUGCCUUCAACAUCCGCUUCACUGGAGAAGAAGUCCACGGCACAAGUGGAUCGUUUCGACACUUCCUGUGGCAGGUGUGUAAGGAGUUACAGAGCUCUGCACUGUCCCUGCUGCUUCCGUGUCCCAGUGCUGCAGCCAACCGUAACAAGGGGAAAUGCAUCCUGACUCCCAGUCCGAUCAGCUAUGCAGAAGAGCAGCUGUUGCACUUCUUUGGCCAGCUUCUAGGCAUAGCCAUCCGUGCCGAUGUCCCGCUUCCUUUGGACCUCCUGGGCUGUUUUUGGAAGGGCCUUGUUGGCGAGCCUCUUGACCCGGAGCAGGACUUGCAGGAAGCCGACAUGCUCACCUACAACUAUGUCAAGAAGUUUGAAAAUGUGACUGAUGAGAGUGAGCUGGAGGCCCUGUGUGCUGAAAUCUCCUCCCAGCACCACUCAGGAGAAAGCCCGGACUCUCCCAGCCGACCGUGCUGCACCUUUACCUACGUCACUAUGACGGGCGAAGAGGUGGAGCUGUGUCAGGGUGGACGCAGCUUUGCUGUCAGUUGGGAGAACAAGGACGUGUAUGCUCGGGCGGUGAGAAGCCUUCGCCUGAGGGAGUUGGAGAACGUGGAGUGUAUGACGGCAGUACGCGCUGGGCUCAGUGCCAUCAUUCCCCUGCAGCUUCUUACUAUGCUCAGUCCUCUGGAGAUUGAGCUGCGCACAUGUGGCUUGCCUUACAUCAACUUGGAGUUCCUCAAGGCUCACACUAUGUAUCAAGUGGGUCUAAUGGAGACUGACCAGCACAUUGAGUUCUUCUGGACCGCCCUGGAGAUGUUCACUCAGGAAGAACUCUGCAAGUUCAUCAAGUUUGCAUGCAACCAAGAGCGCAUCCCGUUCACCUGCCCGUGUAAAGACGGAGGGCCAGAUACCGCCCACGUGCCCCCGUACCCCAUGAAGAUCGCCCCUCCCGACGGAGCUGCAGGCCAGCCUGACUCCCGCUACAUCCGCGUGGAGACAUGUAUGUUCAUGGUCAAACUUCCUCAGUACAGCUCCCUGGACGUGAUGCUGGAGAAGCUGCGCUACGCUAUCCACUACCGCGAGGACCCUCUGAGCGGCUAGGAAGACCCAACAUUCCCACACAUCCUCAACAACUGUCCCUUAUAUUUGAUUUUAUUCCUAAAACCCUCUGGACUCUCCUCUGCUGCACAAACAAGACAGAGUUUUUACAGUGUUUGGCAUUACAUGCUUUAUCAACCUCUUUAUUUUUAUUGAAUUUGAUCCAGAUUUUGCUUUUCGAUAUUUCAGGGAAUGUGAUCUGAACCUGCACUCACCCUGGUUGCACUGAUUGAGGAAGGCAUUGAAGUAAAAGAGCUGUGAUAGUUUUCGUUCUUGUUCCUUUUUCCCUGCCUUGUUUUUAAGUUGAAUAAGGUUGAGUCUGCUUAACCUGACGACUUCAGAUCAGCACUUUACCGCUGUGUAUUUAUUUGCUGAAAUAGCUUACUUAUUCUCUGAGAUGCUGGAGUUGACCCUGCCUUAAAGGCAACUGUCAAACAUGUCUGCUCCUGAUGCUUAACCGAGCCUCUUCCCUCCGGAUCCCUCUUUAACGGCCGAUGCUCAGAGGCAUGCCUUUGCUGUCUGAGCCUCUGUUAGGAGGAUUCAGCUGGUUGUGUGUGAUGAUGAUGAUGAUGAUGUGAACCAAAAAGGAACAUCUGACAUUUUUAGAAGGUACGACCUGAAAAAGAGGAUUUCUGUUGAUGCCUUGGUUCUGACAACAUCAGCUGAUGUAGAAGCAGGUGUGAUCAGGAUGACUCCUAUGUUUUACUGCCUGUUUGAUGAAAACAUGACCUGCUGAAGGACACUUCUAAUUCAUGCCAAUGUAAACCCAGUAAAUGGUGAUUGAAGUCAUGUGAUCCUUAAUCAGGAUCAGUCUACACUGGAGGAACGAGCAGCUGGAUUUCUUGAGUUUUGCCUUUUCAUAGAUUUUCUUUGUCAAAAUGAAGUUUUUCCCAUUUUCUUUCUCUCAUAACCAAAUGUUUAGCGGUGUAAAAACAUAUGAGCUAGAAAAUGUAAAUAGACUGAGGUAAUGUUUGACAGAAGCCUUUUUUUCCUCUUCACCUCCAUAUAUUAGUUUUGGUUUGCACUACUCUUCCAAAAGAACAAAAGAUUCUGAGAUGAACAAACUAGAAGAUGUCUGUUGGAUAUCCAGUUUGUUGUGUUGCUACUUUUUAUGAAUUUUAAAGAAAAAAACAAUCUUGGUCAUUAUUUGUCUCGUACUCAGAUGGUUUCAGUUUCUUCUGCACAUGGUGAAACACGUUUUCUUGUGUGAGUAAAAUCUCCAUUUUACUUCAACAGAACCGACAGCUGAACCGGACCGCUUUAAAGCGGAUCAGUUUAGCUUCUUCUGAAGGAUGGUUUAACCGCUGCUAACAGGGUUGCUCUCUCUCUUUGACCUGCUCCUCUAUGAGCGAGGUUACACAAGGUUAUAAAAGGACAUAUCCAUACAAUGAGGUGUUGCGAUUAAACGUGUGCUGUACAUUUACUUGAUAUUUAUUACAAUUAUUUAUGGUUGCAUUAACUUAACUUUUACUGUCUUACCUCUGCACAUGAGAAACGUAACAUAUCUAAAAUGGAUUCUACAGAUGUAAAGAAUUGAAUGGCAUUUGAGAUUUCUGUGUCAUAAUAAAGAAAUGUCUUCAUGUA